UAUUGCCUCAAGAUGGGCACAUAUAUAUUCUAAUGGUUUGCCUAAAGAGGUCCAAUUGGAGCUUGCAAAAAAUUAUUUGCCGCCAAAAAAUUGCCCAAAUAUUACUGCCCCUAAACUUAAUCCCGAAAUUAAAGCAGCUCUUUCUGAAAUAAACCUCAAGAAAGAUUUAUACAGUCAAAGUAAACAAAAUCAGAUUUCUACAAGUCUUGCUGCCAUAGGACAAGUUCUCAAUUGGGCCCUUUUACCAAACAAUAAUAUGCCCCAAGACAUAAUAAAAGCUUUAGGCGAUGCUGGAAGAUUAAUAUGUGACAUUCAUCAUAGAGAAUCCCUGUCGCGCCGUUAUGCGAUAUUAAAUAUUUUAAACAAAAAUGUGAGGGAUGCUCUCAAGGACACUCGAUGCGACGAAUAUCUCUUUGGCAACGACCUGAGUGAUCAUAUCAAGUCAUCUAAGGCAAUAAACAAAACUGGUUCAGACAUGAAGUUUACACCAUUACGCCCUGCAUACAGGCCGCCUGCAACACAGUUUCAGCGGGGAGCUUUAAACUCGAGGGGGGCGCCGCCGCGCAUACCUGCAGCGACCGAGCCGCGGCCGACCCACGCGCCCGCGCCCCACCGGCCGUACCGCCAGCAGGAGCGCCGCCCGCCGCCAGCGCCGGCGCCGAGGGGUCGCCGCUACAGCAGCUACACGCGGCACCAGCACUACCAGCGCACGGGCAGGCGUUAGCAGAGGAUCUCCAGAGUCUGUCAUCCGCUUCAUGCGAGCCUUAUCCUGGUGGCAGCGAAAUUAUCAGGCAAUCUAUGAUCAAGCGCG